UUUACCCAAACCCCCUGCCCCAAAAGAAAUACUCGUCUCGCGAUUCUUUUACUGGUCUCCAGCCCUGCUAUUCUCUCUCUUUUUUUUCCUCCCAAAUUACUCUUCCCAAAUACCGCUCCUAGCAAUAAUACUCUUCCAGGAGGACGAGGAAAAGAAAAGGUGAAGGAAAAAAAAAACAAAAACAAAACCCUAAUUCUUCUCUUGCGAAGAUCGCCUUCGUCUCCAGCUGCUUUCAGCGUCUUUAUCAUUUUAGUAAAUAAAAGAACCUGACGUUAUCAAAGGAAUGUCAGCUACUAGCAAAUUCGAUUUAUCUUCCAGCAGCCCAGAUGGACCCACCUACAUGAACGGGCAACGUGGGCCAUAUGCAGCUGCUUCUAUGGAAAGGGUGGGAAGCUUCCGUGAAGGCAUGGAUAGCCGAAUCUCAUCGUCGCUUUCAAGCAUGUCGAGGUCUGGUUUGGUAUCAUCGCAAGCUGACACAAUCACUUCACUUCACUCCCUUCUUGUUGAUCUGAAAACAAGCGAUCAGAAGUUCCCUCGAACAGGGGACUUUGAGAUAGCAGUGGGUUCUAUUAUUGGCAUCCCUACAGAAGAAUCUUUACCUGCAACAUUUAGUAUGAGGCAUUUAACUUCUUCAUCUGUGGAGGAGAUCAAACGUGUGAAGAGUAAUCUUCACGAGGGCAUUAUUAAGGCGAGGGAUCGAGCAAAAGCCUGUAGUGAGGCUGGUUUCAAAAUUGAUAAGUAUUAUCACAAUCUGUCAAAAAAACGUUCCCGAGCUGAUAUUUCAUCGAAUGAGCGGUCUGGUACAUCGAUGCCAGGAGGAAGCAUCCCUAAGAGUAGCCCUCAAAGCCAUAUGUCUUCACGUUGUCUCGAGCUUGGGCCUCAGAAAUCAGAAGAAAGGACCAAGAACACUGUACCGAGCAGACGAAUUCGAACUUCUAUGGCAGAAGCACAGAUGGAUGUAAGGGCUAAUGGUAUUGCAAGACCAUCCGGGCCUGUGAAUAAGGAUAGAGAUGCCAUCAAACCUGUAAAUGGUGGUGUGGCAUUAUCAGAAGAGAAGGGUGGAGCAUUGACUAACGGUGUUGAUGGUUGGGACAAGUCAAAGAUGAAGAAGAAACGGUCUGUCAUAAAGUCAGAUGUUUCUACAGGUGCAGUUUUGACUAGGUCACUGGAUGCUGAUAGAGAACCCAAACGAGGAAUACAGCAGAAGCUUGGUACUGCUGCUCGACCAAUGACAAAUAAUGUCCAUGGCUUCAGGUCAAGACCUGCUUCUGGAGCUUCUGGAGUUGGAAAAGUAGAUUCAGCUUCUCAACAUUCUGGUCUUGGAAUCCGUCCCUUAGCUAGGAAUGAUCAAGACAACAACUCUCUUCCCAAUGAUAGAAGAGAACGUCUAGAUAAGGAAGGUGCCAAUCUUAAAGCUGUUAACAAGCCUAAUAACCGUGAAGAUAAUUUUGCUACUAAUCCUACCUCAUUAACAAAGAUGAACGUGCCUGCUCGGGGGCCACGAUCAAAUUCAGGUUCCAUGUCAAAGGCACCGCCCAGCAUUCAUCAAGUGGUGGGAAAUUCUGAUGAUUGGGAAUAUUCUCAGAGCGUAAACAAGAUCAAUUCUGUUGGUGGGGCUGUCAAUCGCAAACGCACGGCAUCUAUUCGCUCUUCAUCACCCCCUGUGCAGUGGGUUGGACAAAGACCUCAGAAGAUCUCACGUGUUGCAAGGAGAUCAAAUUUUUCUCCUGUUAUAUCAAGCCAUGAUGGAACCCCUGCAUCAGAUACAGGAGAUAAUGCAGGCAUCCAUGAAGAUAGAUUAGGAUUGACAAGAUGCUUACCUUCUAAUGCUUCUCAGCAAAUUAAACUAAAAGGUGAUAGCAUGCCUGGUUUAUCAGAAAGUGAGGAAUCUGGAGUUGCUGAUAGCAAGUCAAGGGAUAAGAGUAAGAAAUGUGAAAUAGAAGAGAAUAUUGGUCAAUCCAUGCAGAAGAUUUCAGCACUUGCAUUGCCUUCAAGAAAGAACAAGGUGGCUACUGAUGAAGAUGUUGGAGAUGGUGUCCAGAGACAUGGCAGGGUUGGACGAGCUUUUGCUCCUACAAGGUCUGGCAUGGCUGGUCCAAUUGAAAAGCUAGACAAUGCUGUCACUGUAAAACAACAGAGAAGCACAAGAGCUGGUUCUGAGAGGAUUGAAAGUAAACCUGGUCGCCCACCUACCAAAAAAUUGUCUGAGAGGAAGGGGUAUACACGUCCACGGCAUUCUGUGAACAAUGCACCUUUCGAGUUUGCCGGAGGAUCAGAUGAUGACCGUGAAGAGAUUUUAGCUGCUGCCAAUUCUGCCCUGUACACAAGGCAUGCUUGUCCCAGUCAUUUUUGGAAGGAAAUGGAGCCAUUUUUUUGUUUUCUUUCUUCAGAAGAUCUCACCUAUUUGAACCAGCAGAUCCAUUGUAUUGAUGUGUCUUCUCCAAAUCCUUACGUUGCUGGGAGUGAUGAUCAAGACUUGAAGGGUGACCUUGAAUAUAUAUCCUUGCCAUCAACUCCAGCUGCUGCUGAUAGAGGUGAUUGUGGCGCCGUCUCAAAUGGAAUUAGCUUCAACGCACAUGAGAGAGAAGUAGAGAUUGCUUGGCAAACAGAGCAUGUUGAACCUUUCCUAGAGCAACUAAUACGGGGAAUUGGAGCUCAAAGUGGGGUUUCAAUUUGCCAAGCACUUCUUUCAGCUAUUAUUGAAGAAGAAGAGAUUGAAAAUAUUAACUUCCACAGCAUCAAAAGAGAAGAAUACUUGCCUGAAUCUCAUGAAAUUUGUUUUGAGGUCGAGGGUGAAUUGAAGUCGAAGGGUUCAAAUUUUCACUCAUCAAGAACCUUUCAAACUGUAGCAAGAGGCCGUUCUAAUGGUUUCAGGGACAAUGCUGGUGGGAGAUACCAUGAUGAACUGACACAUGAGACAUUAGAAAGUAGCAUUGUCUUAUUAGAGUCUAGCACAGUGUGCACAGAAUUUCAGUAUAACCAAAUGGGCAUCAAUGAUAGAAUCCUCCUGGAGCUCAGUGAAAUUGGACUUUACCCAGAUUCUGUUCCUGAUUUAGCACAGAGUGAAGAUGAAGAUAUUAGUGAUGGAGUCAGUAGAUUAGAGGACAAGCUCCAUGAGCAGGUUAUGAAGAAGAAAAAUCUUCUGCUGAAGCUGGAGAAGGCUGUUAUGGAAGCAAGGGAGUCUCAACAGAGGGAACUUGAGUGUAAAGCUUUGGACAGGCUGGUAGGAAUGGCUUAUGAGAGAUAUAUGGUGUAUUGCGGUCCUAAUGCUGUCGGUAGUAAGAAUAUGAGCAUACUUAAGAAACGUGCUGCCUUGGCUUUUGUCAAACGAACAUUAGCGCGAUGCAAGAAAUUGGAAGAGACGGGGAAUAGCUGUUUUAAUGAGCCUCCUUUCAGGGAUAUGUUUCUUUCUGUAUCUUCUUGCAGCAGUGGUGCAGAAUGUACAGACAUUUCUACAGAUGGAGAGGCUGCCAUUCGUUUCACUACCGUCCUGCAACCGCAAAGUACUUUAGCAGAUUCCAACCCUAAUCUGACCUCAAAACCAGUAGAAAGAGUAGAUACCUGUGACAAGUAUUCUGAUGCUUUUCAAUCAGCUAAUCAUUUAUCAGAACAAGCAUUUGGUAAAGAGGAGCAGUGGUCAAAUAAAAUCAAAAAGAGGGAAUUGUUGCUUGAUGAUGUUAUUGCUAGUACCUCAGUUGCUUCAUUGAGAACAUCUUCAGGUCUUGGAAGUUCUCUUGUAAGUGGUACGAAAAAAAAGAGGAGCGAGAGAGACAGAGAAGGAAAGGGGCAAAACAGAGAUGCGGCCUCAAGAGGCCGUCCAGCUUUAUCUAAUUUGAAAGGUGAAAGAAAGAACAAGACAAAGCCCAAACAGAAGACGGCCCAGUUAUCUGUUUCUGUCAACAGCCUUCUUUCUAAGGCUGCAGAGUUACCUAAUGCAGUUUUGCCUUCAGACCAAAAAUCUCAUGAUAUGAUUGUUGGUGGAAGUGCUAAGAAGGAAGAUUUAGCUGUGUUUUCAAGUUCUGCCAGGACACAGAAUAUGCCGAAUGAUGCUGAAACCAUGGACUUGAGCAAUUUGCACCUACCAGAAAUAGAUGUUGGUGAUCUUGGUGGUCAAGGACACGAUAUUGGUUCAUGGUUGAACAUUGUUGAUGAAGAUGGGCUGCAAGACCAUGAUUUUAUGGGUCUCCAAAUUCCCAUGGAUGACCUUUCAGAAGUGAACAUGAUGAUAUAAAGUUGGUGUAUUUUUAUAUUACAAUGCAAUAUCCAGUUUUACAAUAUACUGGCAUUAUUGUCAAAGUACAACCAGCCAUGUCGCUUACCAUCUGACAGCCAGGUCUAUGAGUAGUCCAAGUAGGCUAUAGAUUCUUUUAGGGGUUUUUAGAGAAGUUCAUGGGGAGCAAAUUUUUUGAUCAUGAUGUAGUUUGCUCCUAUACCAUUUUGGUAAACCUUGAUUGUACAUAUGUUGCUCAUUAUUUCAAGCUAGUAGAAGUAACUGUCACCAUCUUUGCAGGUGUUAUAUCCUGAAAUUGUACAUACAUUUAUCUCUUAAAUAAAAAGGGUAUAAUUAAUGAAACCCCUUUUCGAA